CCGCGUCAUGCGCGUCGGACGCUCCCGCUCGGCGCGUCGCCGUCACCGCGCCGGGGCGGCCUUUUGCUGGCGAUGGGAGGAUGACGUCACAGCGCCCUCCGCCCAUUUAAGUCGGCUCGGCGCGGUCGGACGCGCAGCCGUUCGGAUGGUCUCCGUUAAGUGGGCGCGACGCACCGCACGUUUGACCUUCACCAUGCCGCCGCCGCCGCUGCUGCUCGCGCUCGUUCUGCUGGCCGGACUGGGCGUCGGUUCCGCGGACGCGGGAAACGUGACCCGAGGAGCACCCCGAGACCAGCGCCACUCGGGGAAUUUCGCGGGACGCUACGAACUGGCGGGGGUGCGCUCGUUUGUGGCGCAUCAGAAAGCGGCGACGCGCAUCAUCGGCGGUCAGGAGGCGUGGGCGCACUCGUGGCCGUGGCAGGUGUCGCUGCGCCUCGCCACCAUGCCGGCGUGCGGGGGCGCCGUCCUGGCGCCGCUCUGGGUGGUCUCGGCGGCGCACUGCUUCAAAAGGUACAACAAAGCCUCUUUCUGGACGGUCCUGGCGGGAAAACACGACCUGGAUGACCCUGACGAGGAAGGACAGCAGGUGGCGGACGUGUCGGCGAUCGUGAGCCACCACCGCUACCGCUCCGGGAGCAAAGAAUUCGACGUGGCCCUGCUGAGGCUGGAGAGAGCGCUCGCCUUCGACCGCUUCGUGCGACCCAUCCGGGUGUGGAUGGCGCCGUUGCCCACGCGGGAGAAGUGCACCGUCACCGGCUGGGGGGCCACCCGGGAGAACGGGCCCCGCGCGACCCGACUUCAGGAGGUCAACGUGACCGUGAUGACCUCGGACCUCUGCCAGAGCUACUACAAGAGCAGGAUCCGAGCGCGCAUGUUCUGCGCGGGACAGGAAGCGGGCGGAGUCGAUGCGUGUCAGGGCGACUCUGGCGGCCCCCUGUCCUGUUACGACGGCGGGCGCUACGGCCUGGCGGGCGUGGUGAGCUGGGGCGUGGGAUGCGGUCGGGCCCGCAAACCCGGCGUCUACACCAAACUCCAAGAGCACGCUCGGUGGAUCGCAGACGUCAUCGAAAACCAGGACGUGGCCUACGAGGUCAAGCCGAGCGAAGAGGAAUGGUGCGGGCGGCGGCGGAAGGCCGUCUGCCAGAACCUUCCGGGCCCGGCGGGGCUGCGGGCGCCGCGGGCCGGCCCGGCGAGAGCGGAGAACCUGACGGAGGCGUGUCCGGGGGCGUGGCCCUGGCAGGUCAGCCUCCAGGCGAACGGCGUCCAUUACUGCAGCGCGGUUCUGAUCCGCCGCCGCUGGGUGCUGGCGGCGCGACACUGCGCGGUCAGCGCGGGAGAGGACGUGGCCGUCUUGGGGGGGCACGACCUGGGCCUGUCUCCGUCCCAGACCGUCCCCGUGGACCGGGUCUUUGACCCGCCCCAGGAAGAUGGCUUCCCUCCCAAAAACGACCUCUCGCUGCUCCGCCUCGCCGUUCCCGCCAGGCUCGGCGCCGGCGUGACGCCGCUUUGCGUGGCCGAAGAGGACGAGGAGCUGGAUGACGGCUGGAGAUGCAUCAGCGCCGGCUGGGGGGCGACAUCGGCCACCGCCGGCCUCAAUGCGGAGCGUCUGCACCACGCCGGGGUUCCGCUGGUGGAGCGCACCAAGUGCCGGGCCGAGUGGGGCCGGGGCCGAGUGGACGAAGGCCACGUGUGCGCCCACCCGGUCGCCGGCGCCGCCUGCGCGGGCGACUCGGGGGCGCCGCUGUUCUGCCAGAAGCACGGCACCUACUUCCUGUUCGGGUUGCUCACAUGGGGCAGUCGUCGGUGCGACCCCGGCAAGCCGGCCGUCUUCUCCAAAGUGGCCGAUUACCACUCGUGGAUCGGCGAGGUGACGGACGGCUGACGCGGCCCGGACACGCGUCGCCAAUUCAAAGCAUUAAAGGUUAUU